UACAAAAGUGUAUAAAGAACAUUUGACGAAUCCUUUUCCAGCCAACUCUUCUCCUUUGCGAGUUGAUGAUAUACAUUUUUCGAAGAUACAGUAUUGGAGGAGGUAGUGUUUUGAGAGAUGUCUACCAAUAAUCUUCUUUCUGUCGCUGCUUGGUCUUUCCUACCUAAUGUGAGUCUUGGAGAAUAUGUAAUCCACAAUACACAUGAUCUUUCUAAUACGGCUUUGUAGUUGGUUACAGGAUGGGUUCAAACAAUAUGGUACGGAUUGACAAUACGCGUCGGGGAUCCAAAACCACAGCCCGGUUCUUCAAAAUGGGUCCUACAUAGGCGGCGCAUCAACAUACUAGUUAUAUCCGCAUACCUCAUAUACACAAUAUACGAAGCCGACUGGGAAGUUCGCAAGGCUAGAGACUUCUACCAAGACUUGGGGCUCCCUCAUUCGGCGACUGAGCGAGAGAUUAAAUCGAGAUUUCGGCGACUAGCAGCCAUUCAUCACCCCGACAAAGUAUCAUCGUCUUCUCCUUCCUCUGAGAGCCACUUUGUCCAUCUCAAAUUGGCCCAAGACAUCCUUCUCAAUCCAGCAAAACGAUUCGCAUACGAAAGAUUCGGACCAGAAAUAACAGCCUGGCAACAUUGUUCAUCGAUCAGAGAUUACCUUACCCAUGGUACGCAGUUGAUCGCGCCCUAUUAUGCGGUCGCUGGGAUAGCUAUGUACGCUUUCAGUGUUGCUGGAUAUCUAGAAUGGGGCAAGUACUGGCGCUGUAUUACCCUCAUUAUACUUUGCGUAUUUGAAUUGCACACGGUUUCACGCCCGUACUUCCCAGUUGUCACAACGAAUGUCAUAAAUCCGAUCCUCACAAAAUUUACAUCACAUCCGCCAUACCUCCCAUUUCAACUGAUCCAACUCGCUCGAAAACUGAGUUUAACAUUGUCUAUUGCAUUUUCCCAGCUUGGCCCAUUAUUACAACCGCCUGCGGCUAUUUCGCAGAACGGAAACCCGGAAGCCGUAUUGAACCAGCAACUUGAUCGAUUAGAACAAGUUGCAAAAGCUGCAGAAAUCGAUGCCUCUAGACUUUACGGUAUGGAAGUGGUUCCAUUUGCCAACGAUCCACGUGCGAUGGAAGAUGUAAAGGGAAAAGUCAAAGAAUGGCUUGUACAAAACACCAUAAGGUCUGAUCCAGAAGUUAGAGAUGCAAUGGGGACUGUAUUGAGGAGGAGGAGGACGGAUGCCCCAGCUGGUGCAAGGGGUAAUCGGUAGACUAAUAUCUGGCCAGCGUGUAUAAUGAAAACUUCAUGGCAAAACUUUUUAAAAGGGAUCC